AUGAUUGAGGAAUUCCUGGCGGGAAUGACGCCUGGGAGGACAUUUUUAUGGUCUCUCGGUGUAUUCGUAGCCUUCUGCGUCUUUCGAAAAAUUCAGGCAGCGGUACAGAUUGCACAUCUCGGCGCUCGCGCCCCCAAAGUCUCCUUCCGCCUUCCUUACGCCCUUGACUUCAUCUACAAAGGCCAAAUAGCCAAUCUCAAAAACGAUGAUCUCAAGUUCUGGCAUGAUACAAUCAUGUCUGCCGGAAACAAAGCAAACUGCAAGACCGCAGAGGUCGACGCAGGCAUCUCCACCCGUGUAAUUCUGACGAUGGAACCCGAGAAUAUCAAGGCCGUGCUCACCGGACAGUUUGCCGACUACGGCAAGGGGGAGUCAUUUCACAGGGAAUGGAAAGAGUUCCUGGGCGACAGCAUCUUUGCUACUGAUGGCGAACUAUGGUCGCGUUCGCGCCAGCUCAUCCGCCCCAUGUUCGCGCGUGAUCGUCUCGUUGACACGGAAAUAUUCGAGAAACAUGUGCAGAAACUAAUUCCCCUGCUCAGCGGCAACCCAACGGGGGGCAAGGUGGUCGAUGUCGGCUCCCUGUUCUUCCGAUAUACUCUCGACGCGGCGACAGACUACCUGCUGGGCCGGGGUACUGACAGUCUGGAGAACCCUGCCACUCGCUUUGCAGAGGCUUUUCGAUAUGUACAACAGCGUCAAGCUGAGCUUUUCCGCUUCGGAGUCUUUAACUUUGCCAUGUCGCGCAAAGAAUUCCGCCGCAAUCUCAAGAUCAUGGAUGGCUUCAUUCAGCCCUACAUUGAAACCGUGUUGGCUCUAUCGACCGCCGAACUUGACCAGAAGCUUUCGAAACGCGAGACCUUCUUGCAUGCCCUUGCUCGUUUCACUCGCGACCCCAGGGUGCUGCGAGACCAGCUCGUGGCUGUUCUCCUUGCCGGCCGGGAUACCACAGCUGGAACGCUUUCCUUCUGUCUAUUUGAAAUGGCCCGCCACCCCGAAGUUGUUGCGAAACUGCGCGAGGAGAUUCGGCAACGUCUUGACGUCGGCGCCAACGCCCAAAAGCCGACUUACAACGACCUGAAGGAGAUGAAAUACCUGAACGCCGUAAUCAACGAAACCAUGCGAGUUUACCCCGUAGUGCCCUUCAACGUGCGCUAUUCCCUGAAAGACACCACCCUCCCGCGCGGCGGCGGGCCCGACGGCCUUGCUCCCGUGGGUGUGCGCGCCAACACGCGUAUUAUUUAUUCGACGCUACUGAUGCAACGCGAUCCUGAUCUCUACGAUGGGCCCGAAUCGAAGAAUUACUUCGACCCGCAACGGUGGAUCCCGGAGCGCUGGGUGGAUGGAUGGCAGCCUCGGCCGUGGCAGUUCAUUCCGUUCAAUGGUGGUCCUCGCAUCUGCAUCGGCCAGCAGUUUGCGACGAUUGAGAUGGGAUACACUAUAAUCCGCAUCCUGCAGGCCUACGAACGUAUCAUCGCCCUGCCGGUCAGUGGAAAGGAGCAAGUCGAGGAUCCUGUGUUGCGGUUCGAGGUCACACUCAGUCCGGGGUCGGAGUUCAAUUGUGUAUUUUUGAAGGAAGGUGAAGACAUCGCACGGGCUGGCUUCAAGAAUUAA